AUGGAUGGGUUCAAAGAAAAGCUUGACUUUGCUCAAUUCUUUCAAAACAAAUCCGGAUCUUUUGGGGCAUACAAAUCAUCUUCAAACCAUCCAGGGCACGAAUCAGCUGUCAGCCAAUCUGAACAAAGGCAUGGCGAGGCAGAUUUCAAAGCAAAAAAACGAUCCUUGUGUUCCAAGCUCGCCCUCGAGAUCUUCGCUGAGCGUUGCCUGAAGACAGGGUACGCGACUGUAGAAAGCACGUUCAUCGCAAAGAAGUAUGGCGUGAGCUCCAAGACCGUCCGCGACAUCUGGAACCGCAGGACAUGGGCCGAGGCUACCAAGCCUCUCUGGACAGACGAGGAAAAGGAGUCGACGGAGGAGCUUGAUGCGUGCAAGGAGAGAAAACGGCAGGCUAACAAGAGGCGGAAGCUCGCGCACAUGCGGCAAGGAAACGACAAGAGCGGAGACUCUCAUGACUCCGAAGGUCAUGAGAUGGCUGAGGAGAUGCAUCAGCCAGACAAAGGUGAGGGCAGUGUACAGGAGACCUGCUCGGGAUCAGAGACAAGCACCAUGUGCGAGCAGAGCUCGGCCAAGGAGUCCCAGGCGGAGGACAGCAGCGACGCGUGCAACCCCAAGGGGUCAUCGAGCGGCUCACCAGAGGGCUCGAGCAGCCCGACGUCAAGCAUGCAGUCGAAGUCAACGACCUCAUCAGAAACGGGCCGGUCGGAGCAAUGCGGGGCGAAGGAACCGAGGGGGACGGAGAGGAAAGGACCGAGGGGUGGGCUAAUGGACAAUGGGUACAGGUCAGAAGGAUCAUCGGAGUGCUCGGCAGGGUCAAAGCGGAGAGGGGAGUCACAGCAUAGAGGUCGAAGCAGGACGGAUGAAGCCGCCUCAGAAGCAGUGUGGUGGUCUCUUGAUGCGUUACAGUCACACAACAACUCUCGCAGUGUUCAGUCGGACAAGGAUGAUGGUCUUGCUAGUAUGGAGCUCGCCAACCUUCUCAAGCACAUUACGGAGCAGCAGAAGCAGAUUCUGGAGCAGCAGCAGCAGAUCUUGGACAAAGGCAACACUUUGCAGAUGGUGUUGGAUUGUAGGAUAUCGCAAGGAGGGCAGACGCUGGUUGGAUCUCAAUCGAACUGUGCUGUGAGCAACUGCUUCAAUGGCCAAUCUGGAUUACUUCAGUUUGGAGAGAUGUCCGGGGCGAAUGUUGUCAGCGGUGGUCAGAGGGCGGCAUGGGAAGAGGGAGUUCGCCACAGGGCACCAGUCAUUGAGGGAUGGAGACAUGGAGGUCAUCAGGGUCAGGAAAACCUAAUGGGAGGAGCUUUUCAGAGAGGACAACCGCAAGGUCAGCAGAUGGGGGCAGUUAACCAGGCCCUUCUUCUGCAACUCCUGCAGGGACAGCUCUCGGCGUCAAAUGCUUCUGUGUUCCCUUACGUCAAACGAGGCUGA